AUGGAACCAGUGGAAAAAGCAAAGAAUGAUUCUAAAAGGUCACUAAGAUCAAAGGCUCAAAACGAGCAUGGGGAAAUUGAAAAGUUUGAUUUUGAUACAGAAGAAUAUGAAGUCAACCCUAAAAGGAAACUAAGACUGGUUAGCAGGAUAAAUCCAAACGCGAGGCAUUUAAGGAAGGCUAAAUCCCAACUUCAUAUUACAGCGAAAAUUGCAAGCGUUGUUCCUCAUGAAGAGCAUGCUAAGGAAGCGGCUAGUCAGCAACCUGUAUUGAAAUCUCCCGCCAUGAUGAGCACUUUCUGUAGUGAGGUCGAAGAAAAGAAAAAAACAAUUACGAAGAUGAUACUUAAUAUUGAAAACCAUGAAUUAAAUUUAUCGAACAACAACUCAACAGAGGAUUUGCUUCCCGAUUGUAUAUAUCAAUCUUACCAUAAGAAAAUGCUGAAGCAAGAAAAUAGGAUGAUUCAAUCAGAUGUCGUGAACAGCGAAAAUGAAGCAGAUAGGCUUUCUUUGAUAUCUGAUAGAUUGGAUAUGUUAAACUGGACAACAACACUGCAAAAGGUUACCAAAAUAAACGAUCCCACAGACAAGAAUGAAAUGGAGACCAAACGCUACCAGACAAAAGAGCUAAUUGAUUCCAUGCUAAGUAAAUUUGAAUCCAUGAAAAAAAAGAGCUAUAAAUUAGCUCGAAGGCCAGCAUCAAGCGACUCUUUGCUAAAACUGGUCAGUAGUAAAGACUGGCCUAAACUAUAUACACGGAUUGACCRAACUUUCAUCCCGGAUUAUGCAAGCUCAUCUGAUGAAGAGGAAGAUGAUAUAAUAGUCGAGGAAAUAAGGCAGAGGCGGUUAAAGAAAAGAGAACAGCAAUGCGGCGGCUCUAUUAUAAUAUUACUAAGUGACCAUCAAUCGCAAAAAGGAAUGACACGGUUUGCUAUUGUAGCUGAGCCGCUACGGAAGCCGUAUGUGAUCAAAACGUCACAUGCAGAGAGAACUUUAUGGAAGACGAAAGCGCCUUUGAACCCAAAGAAGUUCAGAAAGAAUUUUCGAGCACCAACACAAGUAGCUAUAAAGAAAAGAAAACUAGCUAUCCCUUUGACUAUGGAGGUAGAACCAGAGAUCAUUCGAGAUAUAAGACACAAACUACAAGAAUCUCUAAAAUCAAAUGCUAUAGAGGAGGAAAUGGCGAUAGCAGAUACUGAUGAGUCGGGGGUCAAAAAUAAUUCUAGGGACACUCCGGAACCUCCAAUUCUAACCGUUCCAGAAACGACACCAUUUGACUAUACCUUUGCGUCAACUGCAUCUGAGACUUUACCGGGCUCUUCCAAAAAGAUAGCUACGGUGGGCACGAACAUAGAGACAAGUUUCACAAUAGUGCCUUCUGUUGACGAAGAUAAAUUCGUAAAAGCGCACAAUGGCAUUAUUAGUGAUUCGGAUAUCACCAUCUUGCCUGUCCGCAAAAGAAAAAAAGCUUGA